GACAUUUCAGCAUCCUUGAUUUCAUCCCAGGAUCUGAGACAUUGUUGAUCGUCCUGAUGUUGACCUGUUUACACGCGUACACAACACGGAAACGGAUCUAGACCUAGUUUCGUUUUAAAACCAGACCUAAACCAGGAGAAAUGGCCGAUGAGAGCUCACACGCAGGCGAUGAGACACGCUUGUGCCACACGGAGCUACAUCAGCACUUCUCCGGCUACCUCAACGGCGCCUCCUCUUCCUCCUACGCCUCUUCGUCGCCCUUCUUCGAGACCAUUUGCGGCUCUUUGUACCGUAAAAAGUUAGAGAAAGGUCAGGUGCAGUACCGCGAGGUGCUGGCCGAGGACAAGCGGCUCCAACUCAUCCAGGCUUUUCACGUCAAGACACCCGGGGCGCCUCACCACACCCUGGAGGACACGUACCGCCUGGUCGCCGAGCACUACUGGUGGGAAGGAAUGUAUUUUCAGGUGAGAGACUUUGUUCUGAGCUGUGAUGAAUGCCAGCUGAUGUGGAAUAAAAAAGUAGAUUGCUCAGAAGUAAGAAAUGUCUCCAAGAUGGUGAAAUCACAUAGCCAUAAAGUUCUAAGCAAGCUGAACAGUCAACGAGAAACUGGGCUGUUUUGUGACAUCACACUUAAAACGGGCAACGGACACUCGUUUGUUGCGCACAAGGCUGUGUUGGCAGCUGUAAGUGAAUAUUUCCAGGAAUUAUUUACCGAGAUGGACUCUGCUGCAGAACCUCAGCCGCAUGUUGACCUUACGGGUUUUAGUGAGGAAAGUUUGCUUGCUUUGCUUGAAUUUUCCUAUACUUCCACAUUGACACUGAACUUGGGUACUCUGAUGGAAGUAGCUGCAAUGGCUCGCCACCUUCGCAUGUGGCCUGCCCUGGAGGCCUGUUCUGCUCUCCAGAGUGAGCAAGAGGCUGGCCUGCAAUCUGCCAAACUGUCGACACCCGUUGAAGCAUCCUCUGCAAUGUCUGGUUCCUCCUUCAUGAACAGCUUCUCUUUAGACAGGACAGUGGGGUCUAAAAGAAAGAGGGAGAAGGGCCGGUUUGGGGUUUCUUUGCAGAACAGAGCCCACAUGGUAGAAGGCACAGAUGAAUCUGACCAAGAAGGUUGGUCUGCCCAAACAGGACCCACUCAGUGUCAAAGCCAGGUCCUCUUCAGUCCCCAGGCAGAAGAUAAUGGAUUUCCCUGCAGCCCAACACGGCGGAUGAAACUUAUGGACUUCAAAUCUCCAUCCAGCAAAAGGAAACUAUCCCCUCGGCCGUCUUCAUCAGUCAUUUCCUCGAGUCCGUCCACUGCCACUCGGUCGUCCUCUCCAUCCCGCAGGCUGCUCCGUUCCUCCCCAGGAGCUGCACUUGCCCUUCGUAGACUCCUGCCCAAAAUUGACCUCGCUACCAAGAGGAAGAGAAAGUCCUCUUCUUUUCACCGGCCCUAUAGGGUAAAGUCCGAUAACUCUGCGACACAGGUUACACCAGUAAAGGUGAAGCAGGAGGCUGAAGUGGAGGAUAUGUGCUGCAUUGUUCCACAGGAUGAAGUGCACAGUCCUCGUGCUCAGGAGAAAUAUCGCCUACUUAGUUUUCUUGGCUUGCAGCGGAGGUCCCUAGUUCCUGGCCCAGAGGAGAGGGCAGGUUGGGGGCAAAAGAAAAGGCUCAGGAAACUUAAAGUAAGUGACUACUCUCUCACAGUCCGACGUAAACCACGUACCCAAAGUCAAGGUAGCUAUGCAACUAAUCUGGGAGGCUUUGUAGGUGUCAGCUCAUCUCUUUCUCUCUGUGACAUGACCAGAAUGGAUCUUCUCAAUAAAGUAAUAAAAGUAGAACCUCAGGUUGGCUUAGACAAGAGAUCAAAGAGGAAACUAGACACAAUCGGGCAAAUAGAGCAGUUAAGUGUCAGAACCACACGCAGCCAGUCACUGCAUGCAGGGUCCUUUAAUGACCGUCCGUUGAGAAGCCAUUCCAGGCGUUCAGGCAAUCCGCUACCUCAACCUGCAGGCAGAGAAAGGGUCACAGUACGAGAAGCUCAUGCCUUACCAAAGAAAACGUCUUUCAAGACAAAGGAGGAACCCACAGAAUACAUAAUUUCACAGCCUGCCCCAAGUGGUACCCGACGUCGCCAGGUGCCACCUGUGGCUUCCUCUAAAGCUAGAGUUUCAGCACCUAAGGUUGGUCCACCAGUCAGCCGACCAUCAGCAAUCACCACUACAGAAUCUAAAAGCAAGGUGCAUUAUAACAUGGAAUCUACAACAACCGACAAGCACAAACUCAUCAGACAAAACCAAUCUGUCCGAGAAAAGUCCAAACAAGGACAGAAUAGUUUAAAAGUAAGAAUUCAACCAGAGCAAAGUUGCAUGGCUAAGGUCAAAAAGAACAAAAAGAACAUGUCACAUGAAAAGAAAAUAGAAGAAAAUGCUACAGAUGUACAGGGUACCAGAGGUUGGAAUCUUUCCAAUACCAACCACGAGCACUACAACAAUCCGCUUUACAAAGCUAUAAAAGAAGAGCCAGCUGACCCUUUACCCCUGACGCAGUCCUUCUUAACUAGUGAUGUCUCAGACCUCGGUAAACGUCAGAGCAAACCACCUGUAAAACUGCUGGACCAGGGUUUUCUUUUUGGGCUCUGCCGACCACCUGGAGGAAUUAAAAGAGAGGAGGAGAGUGUGGACAUCUGCUUGACCCGCUCUGUCUCGCACAGUAGCACCUCCCACAGCAACAUGUCACCUGCCGCUGUCCGAAGAGAUCGCAUACAGGCAAGGCUCUCGUCGGAUGGAUCUGGCCUAAAUGGCCCUCACUGGGCUGGACUUGGAAACAGGUCAACGUCAUCUUCUCGAGGAUUGUUUCUCCGUGUGAAGAAGGAAGAGGAGAAAACGAGCAUAUCUCAUCACUCAAAAGCCAUUAGAAGUACUUCACAGCUUUCAGUCGGCAAGAAAAGCUGUAAAGUUAAAAAAGAGCCACCAAAGACCAAGAAGUUGCACCCUGUGAGCAGUCGGCGCACCGUCAUGAUGGAGUCCAUCCGACAGGCUUGUGUCAACCAGCCUAAGCCCACCCGGGGCCAGGCCUCCAGUGGAGUCCACUCUUGCCUGCAGUGUAGAGCAUCCUAUAGGGACUGUGAUAGCCUCAUCAUGCAUCGAAUCAGGCACAUUGAAGGCAAACACUGGCCAUGUCCGCUGUGCAGCAAGACAUUCUUCAGAGAGAUCAAUGUGAGAAAUCACAUAAAGACACACAAUCCUAAACUCUACAAAUGUCGCCAAUGUAUUGCUGCUUCCUAAGGUGGAGAACACUGAGACGAGACAGUGAAGGAGGAUUUUUUUUUUUUAUUAUAAUUUCCAGAAAUAUGAAACUGUAAAUACCUUAAAUGUGUAACAUGAGAAUGAAGUCCAGUCUAUAGUUGUAAUUAUGGUUAUUGGCAUUGUGUGAUUUCUUCUGUACAAUUAUUGUAAUUGUUAUUUAAAUAACCAAACUUAAAAAAGUUUUGCCGUUGCUGUAGAUGCGAAAUUUGAACCAGUGACGUUUCUCUCAGGGGGUGGAGCCCAAUGAUAAUGGUAAUAUUUGUAAAUGAGGAUUGUGUAGAAUGCUUUAAGAUGAUUACUACUAUUGUAAUUACUGCAAUUAUGUUAUUAUUGUUAUUAUAAUUAUUUUUAUAAAUAGUAUAAUCUUUUGAGUGCA